AAAAACCGAGAUGGAGAAGAGUGGAAAAAAAGAAGGGAGGAGGAGGAGAGGAAGGAUGGACGCGCAAUAUCAAGCGUGAAACAUGUAUACGGGGUGUAUUUGUGUUUUUAUUUGUACAUAGCCGAUACAUUGUAGACAUUACGAUCUCAGAUGGAACGGUCUUGAGCAAAGCAAUACACGCAGUCAGAUACUAUGAGCCAUAUUCCUAUGUCAGCCUAUGCACCGACGCUGGAUUUGCACUAUUAAAUCACCGCAAAGAUUUUGUGCAUGUAAACACCCACUAAGCGGAAAUUAUCCGGAAGGACGUUCCUGGGCCUGGAAACAUUUAUGCAGACAUGGUGCAGCUGUUGUUUCUUGUAAUCUCCAACGUGCUUCCCACACUUAUUGCAUCCAUGCAUAAUUUAACAAGUGGAGGGUGUGCCAUUAUUCGCCCUCCUAGAGAUGGAGGGAUACGUUACAGAGGGCUGACUCAGGAGCAGAUUCGCAGUGUGGAGAUUUUACCUGUAGACUAUGAGAUCGAAUACAUCUGCCGGGGAAACAGGGUGAUUGUGGGUCCGAAGGUGCGCAAGUGUCUCCCUGAUGGCACAUGGACGGAUAUGGAUCAGCAGAGCAGAUGCGUGUUUCUGUGUCCUCACACGUGGACGUCUUUGGAGAAUGGCCGAGUGACACUGCAGCCCCCUGGAACUCCAGUAGAAGGCACUGUGCUCCAUUACAGCUGUCACGCUGGCUUCCUUUUGGAGGGCAGAAACGUUUCCCACUGCACCAAGCAGGGCAAUUGGGACUCGCCCAAACCACUGUGCAUUUAUGACAGAAAUUAUACAGGGAAGAAGAAGCUGUACAUCGGCGCGCUGUUCCCCAUGAGCGGAGGAUGGCCCGGGGGACAAGCGUGUCUCCCCUCCGCGCAGAUGGCGCUCGAGCUCGUCAACAACCGCACUGACAUCCUGCCCGACUACGAGCUCGAGCUCAUCUAUUAUGACAGCAUGUGUGACCCAGGGGAAUCCACGAAGUUUCUGUACGACCUUCUCUACACAGAACCGAUAAAAAUCGUUCUGAUGCCGGGGUGCAGCUCUGUUUCUACACUAGUGGCUGAAGCAGCUCGUAUGUGGAACCUUAUAGUGUUCUCUUAUGGCUCCAGCUCUCCAGCACUGUCCAACAGGCAGCGUUUCCCAACGUUCUUCCGCACACAUCCCUCCGCCACACUGCAUAACCCCACACGUGUGCGUCUUUUCCAGAAGUGGAAUUGGAACAAGAUCGCCACCAUCCAGCAAACAACAGAAGUCUUUACUUCGACAUUGGAUGAUCUGGAGCAGAGGGUGAAGGAAGCUGGAAUAGAAAUAAGUGUGAGACAGAGUUUCCUCACUGAUCCUGCCGUGGCUGUCAAGAACUUGAAGCGUCAAGAUGCCAGGAUCAUUGUUGGCCUUUUCUAUGAGACUGAAGCAAGAAAAGUUUUUUGUGAGGUCUAUAAGGAGAAACUCUAUGGAAAGAAGUAUGUCUGGUUCCUUAUUGGCUGGUAUGCAGAUAACUGGUUUAAAAUCAAAGACCCGGCUAUAAACUGUACUAUGGAGCAGAUGACGGAAGCUGUGGAGGGACACGUCACAACUGAGAUUGUCAUGCUAAACCCUGAAACUGUUCGUGGUGCCUCUAACCUGACUUCUCAGGAGUUUCUGGCUCAGCUCAUGUCUCGUCUUGGUGGGAAGAACCCAGAGGAGACGGGGGGGUUUCAAGAGGCUCCUUUGGCAUAUGAUGCAGUGUGGGCUCUUGCUUUGGCUCUUAAUAAGACGGUUGCACCGCUGCAGGCUAAAGGAAGAAGACUGGAGGACUUUAAUUAUAACAACAAGGACAUCACAGCAGAGAUAUAUCGGGCUCUUAAUACCAGCUCAUUUGAAGGAGUAUCAGGCCAUGUAGUCUUUGAUGCUCAGGGAUCCAGAAUGGCUUGGACACUUAUAGAACAACUGCAAGGUGGGAGUUACAAGAAAAUUGGAUACUACGACAGCACAAAAGGCAAUCUUUCGUGGUACGGAAAUGACAAGUGGAUAGGCGGAGACCCUCCAAGAGAUCAGACGGUGGUGUUAGAAGAAUUCCGCUUCCUUUCCCAGAAGCUGUUUGUUUCUGUAUCUGUGUUUGCUGGGCUGGGAAUCAUCCUGGGCAUUGUUUGUCUAACCUUCAACAUCUACCACAGCAACAUUCGGUACAUCCAGAACUCUCAGCCAUACCUGAAUAAUAUUACAGCUGUGGGUUGUGUACUUGCCCUGGCUGCUGUUUUUCCACUGGGCAUCGAUGGGCUUCAUGUAGACAGAUCUCGGUUUCCUGUGGUGUGUCAGUUCCGCCUUUGGCUGCUGGGGCUGGGGUUCAGUUUGGCUUAUGGCAGCAUGUUUACUAAGAUUUGGUGGGUUCACACUGUGUUCACUAAGAAGGUUGAGAAAAAAGAGAAGAGGAAGCAUCUGGAGCCCUGGAAGCUCUACGCAACAGUAGGGGUUUUACUGGCAAUUGAUGUCCUGUCUCUGAUGAUCUGGCAAAUUGUUGAUCCUUUGCACAUUACAUUAGAGAAGUUCACUAAAGAAGAUCCUAAAGGAGAUUUGGAUUUUUUGAUUCAGCCUGUACUGGAGCACUGCAGCUCAGAAAAGAUGAACACAUGGCUUGGUGUGGUGUAUGGCUAUAAGGGCCUGCUUUUGCUGCUGGGCAUCUUCCUGGCCUAUGAGACCAAAUCCAUCUCCACUGAGAAGAUUAAUGACCACAGAGCUGUCGGCAUGGCUAUCUACAACGUGGCUGUUCUGUGUAUGAUAACAGCUCCAGUGACGAUGAUCCUUUCCUCUCAGCAAGAUGCCUCCUUUGCCUUUGCUUCUCUGGCUAUAGUGUUCUCGGUGUACAUCACGCUGGUGGUGCUGUUUGUGCCCAAGAUGCGGCGUUUGAUCAUGCGUGGAGAGUGGCAGACCGAGCAGCAGGACACCCUGAAGACGGGAUCGUCUACUAAUAACAAUGAUGAAGAAAAAUCACGGCAGCUCGAAAGAGAGAAUCGAGAACUCCAGAAGAUAAUUCAAGAGAAAGAGGAACGUGUGACAGAGCUACGAAAUCAAUUAGCAGAACGUCAGGCUCUUAGGGCUCGAAAACCAGCAUCCUGUCAGAACCAAAACCAGAACCACAGCAUCCCACCUCUGGCUUCAUCUGAGCCUCCUGGCUACUCGUCUGGCACAGAGCAGCACUCAGUGCCUCCCUCCUUCUCCAACAACUCCACCCUCUACCAGGAAGAAGGCAAACUCAGCCGGAAUCACUGCCACAACAGCCGUCUGCCUCUUCUUUACAAAUGAGCCAGGCAGAUGUGUGAUGAGUUCAUGUGAGUUAACAUGAUGUAGUUUAUCUUUUAUAUAUAUAUAUAUAUAUAUAUAUAUAUAUAUAUAUAUAUAUAUAUAUAUAUAUAUAUAUAUAUAAUUUGUAACUUUUCCCUCCAGUCUUUUUUUGUCUGCCAAUAUGUGUUUAAGUCUAGUGCUAUGCCAUCUUAUAUGUCACCACUGUAUCAAUAUAAAUAUUUAAUAUUCUACUGUGUAUCAAUGUAUAUUAUGGAUUCGACCUUGUUUCACACUAAAUUUUAUUUACCUAUGAGUAAAGAAAGCACAAAUAUUAAGAAGCCUUUGGUAAAUAACUAAAAUGAAGAAAUUCGGGAAACCUUUUUUUAAAGAGAAGACUCUGUUUAUAGACGGUGAUAGAGAAAUUGGAACAUGUGCAUUAGUAUCAGUUUUAUAGGAGCAAUUUUAUUUUAAGAAGUGAAACAUGUGAUGCUCAACACAAAAUGUCACUCUCUCCUUCUUCCAUUUAAUCCUCUUUAUCAGGGGAAUCCCUCAGGGGAAUAAGAGCAUUAUCCCUUAGGCAGGGGAGGCCCCGUAUUUGCAGAAGUGAAAUUGAUAUUUAAAGUUCUCCAGGUGAGUCAGUUUAUGUACAAGCCGAAGCCAAGCCCGUGAUUCACUGCAAAAAAAACAACAAACAAAAAAAGGUUUGCGUAUCUGUUCCAUUGCUUCCUGAAAAGUCUUCCAAAUGUUAUUCUCUACAAACUUAAAUACACUUUUUAUACUAAAUUUGCUUUUUAGGAAUAAUAAGAAGGAAGUGAGCGGUGUGUGUUUGGUUUGGGCAAGUGUUUCGAAAUGGUCCACCCCAACAUAGUUUUGUUUUAUAGCCUUUGAUAUUAAUUUGCUUUCCAAAGGUUAUGUACAUUUGAUUUGUACAAGCUUUCCGUUGUCCUUUAAUUGACUAAUACUUGUAUUUUGUGUAUAACUUUUCACGUUUUCUCAUUUCAGUACAGGUAAGUUAGUCUGUUUUCUUUUUUUUUCAUUUAGGUUUUAUUUUUUCACAGUUUUGGUCGACUUUUUGCGACUCACAAAGGCAUACCUGUAGUACUGAAUCAUAUACUACAAGCAUUUUAGCACAUAAUGUGAGCACAGUGCACAACUAAUGUUGAAAUUGUUCCACUUUUUUUUCUGAAGUUCAAUGUUGCCAUAAAAAGAUCCAGUUUCAGUCCAUUUCAGCACAAACAAUAAGCCUUACCCCAACCCUUUACUCUGCACUUUUAGCAUAGAUACAGAAUGUCUGUGUCUGCAAAGUAGUGUUAUUCAAAGAGAAAAUAUAAAUGAUUAGUUUAUUGUGAUGAAUUUGAAUGCUAUUCAGAAACACUGUUAUAAAUACUGAUACUCUUGUGCAAUAUUUUCAAUGAUAAUACAAUACUGAGCUUUAGGUUUUCGCUGUGCUAUUGAACAUUCUUUAUGCUUUGGGUUGUUAAUGUGUUACAUUACUGAUGUAUUGUCAGAAGCUCACUCAGAAAAUGCGUCUUUGUAUAAUUGCUUAGCUGAACAUAUGUUUAGCUAUCAUGUAUAAUAGCUUAGCUGAACAUAGCACGAUAUAGCCAAUGUUCCUACAGCAUGUAAGCAUUAUAUUCACUACUUUAGCUCAGGGUAUGUAAUUAUACUAUCACUUUAUUUAUAAUAAAUGUUUGUUUAACAGAUGUGUGCACUAUAUUACAACUUAGACAUACUGAGAAUCAUUCCAUAUAUAAAUCAAUAAUCCAACACCCUAUGUAAUUUUUGUGAAUUUAUUUGUAAUGAAUUUGUGUAUUGUAAAUACAAUAAUCUUUUAUCAAUAUGCAAACUUUAUAGUUCAAUAAAACUCAUUAUUUUGCACUGAA